AUGAGACUUUACUCACUCCUGUUCUUUCUGCUUACGGUGUGGGCCUGGGCCCUGAAUGGGGAGGAGGGGGGGGAGGCUCCAGAAGAGGCCACUCCGGGACCCCCCUCUGAUGAACUUCUGGAGGAGGACAACAUCUUGGUCCUCACCCAACACAACUUUGCUCGGGCUCUCCAAGAACACCGCUACCUGCUGGUAGAGUUCUAUGCCCCCUGGUGUGGGCACUGCAGGGCUCUGGCCCCCGAGUAUGCCAAGGCAGCAUCCCUGUUGAAGAAUGAAUCCUCAGAACUGAAGCUGGCCAAGGUGGAUGGCCCAGCGGAGAAGGAGCUGGCGGAAGAGUUUGGUGUGACGGGAUACCCUGCCCUCAAGUUCUUCAAAGAUGGGAACAGAUCCCAACCUGUGGAGUUUACAGGCCCACGGGAGGCUGAGGGCAUUGUUCGUUGGCUAAAGCGACGUUUAGGUCCCAGUGCCACUCGCCUGGAGACUGAGGCCGAAGCUGCACAACUCAUUGAUUCCCAAGACAUUGUCAUCAUUGGGUUCUUCAAGGACCUCCAGGAUGAAGAUGUGGCUGGGUUUUUGGCCAUUGCAGAGGAUGCCGUUGAUUUGACCUUUGGCCUCACUGACCGACCAGAGCUCUUCCAGAAAUAUGACCUGAGCAGGGACACUGUGGUCCUCUUCAAGAAGUUUGAUGAGGGACGUGCAGAUUUUCCAGUGGAUGAGGAGCUAGGAUUGGACCAAGCAGAUCUCUCCCAUUUCCUCGUCAUACAUAGCAUGCACUUGGUCACAGAAUUUAACAGUCAGACAUCCUCCAAGAUCUUUGAGGCCAGGAUCCUCAACCAUCUUCUGCUCUUCAUCAACCAGACACUUAGCCCACACCGGGAGCUUCUGAAAGGUUUCCAGGAGGCUGCCCCCGCCUUCCGGGGAGAAAUCUUGUUCGUAGUGGUGGAUGUGGCUGGAGAGAAUGAUCAUGUUCUGCAGUACUUUGGCAUGAAUGCCACAGAUGCCCCAACGCUUCGCCUUAUCAAUGUUGAGACCACCAAGAAGUACUUGCCCAACCUUGGAGGGGAGAUCACAGCUGCCUCCAUCUCCACCUUUUGCCAAGACGUCCUUAGUGGCAAAGUCAAGCCUCAUCUCCGGAGUCAGGAGAUCCCAGCAGACUGGGACCAGAAGCCUGUCAAGGUUCUUGUAGGGAAGAACUUUGAACAGGUAGCCUUUGAUGAGUCAAAGAACGUGUUUGUGAAGUUCUAUGCGCCAUGGUGUACACACUGUAAGGAGAUGGCCCAGACCUGGGAGGACCUAGCAGAGAAGUAUAAAGACCGUGAGGACAUCAUCAUUGCUGAACUUGACUCCACAGCCAAUGAGCUGGAGGCCUUUGCCAUCCGGGGCUUCCCCACCCUGAAAUAUUUCCCAGCAGGACAAGGCCGUAAGGUGAUCGAGUAUAAAAGUUCCAGGGACUUAGAGACCUUCUCCAAAUUCUUAGACAAUGACGGUGUCCUGCCAGAACCAGAGCCAAAGGAACCUGAGGUCCCCCUUCCGGAGGCCGGAACCAAUGACAGCAAAGACCACAAAGAUGAACUGUAGCUGGCCUUGUCCAUCUCCCAGAGGUCGAGAAGAAUUUAAUUUUUAGAUUUUUUAAAAUUAAAUCACCCUGGCCCUUGACUUCAUUCUGACAAAGCUGCUCCUCCCUCUGUCAGGCCCUAAGAGCCGCUCUC